ACAAUACUACAUAAACAGAAAAAAGCCCAAACUAAAAAAAAAUCUGGCAAAGGCAGUGUUGAAACUCAAGCUCUGAACAAAAAUGGCGUGCAGGACUGCGUUGAGGACCGUCUUCUUAACCGGACCAUGGCUGCCCUUACCUUCCGCCGCCACAAAUAAAUUCUCCAUUUUUCUCACACCAAUCAAGAAAUUAUCAUCAACAACACCCACUCCUAAUUCAAAUUCAAAUUCAAAUUCAAAUUGCGGCUGCCAAAUUGCAGUUAAAUCCAAAAGUUUCGCAAGUAAUUGCUCCAACAUCGGAAACCCAUCUUCGUACGCCGACGAUUCCGAGCAGGGCCCACCUCAAGAAGCCGUUCUCAAGGCCAUUUCAGAAGUUUCGAAAGCCGAAGGGAGAGUUGGGCAAACCACCAAUGUAGUAAUUGGAGGUACGGUUGCAGACGAUUCAUCCAAUGAGUGGCUUGCUCUUGAUCAGAAGGUGAACUCAUAUCCAACGGCUAGAGGAUUUACGGCAAUCGGAACGGGAGGUGAGGAUUUUGUGCAGGCCAUGGUUGUUGCUGUUGAAUCCGUACUUCAACAGCCUAUCCCACAAGGUCAGGUGAAACAGAAGAUCUCAUCAGGUGGCAAGUAUGUAUCUGUAAACAUUGGACCUGUUCAAGUUCUUUCCAGUGAGCAGGUGCAAGCGGUAUACAAUGCGAUGAGAAGAGACGACAGGAUGAAAUAUUUUUUGUAAGAUCUAUUUCCGAUUAGAUUUUGUAUAGAAGGCUAAAAUCAUGUAGAAACGGCAUGCUUUGCUCCUAUUUUUAUUUUAUUACUUUUACUAUCCAACAUUAAUUUUCAUACUAAUCGUUUAUUUACUUACGCACAUGCGUACAUACACGGAUUUGUUGAUUUAGCUAAUAUUUGUCAUUA